AUGUCAGUGAAUCAGCCCUCGGGAGUCACACAGCUGUCCUCGGCUGGGAAUUUAAGCGAAGGAGAAGGGAAGCGUCAGGAUAGGUCCAAAGACCGAGAAAGCAGCGAGGGGCAUCAGGGAGAUAUGACAGCUUCCGUGAGCAUAGACGCAGGCAUGCCACUGAUCCUUAAGUCUGGCCCACCGCCACCGCCGCCGCUAACACCACCUACUCUCUUGACAGGGGUUUUUAGUUUUCAAGACCGCCGGCUAAGCAUUGCGGCUUCUAGCAUGGGCGAUCUGGAUACGAGCUUCUUCCAGCAGCCGAACCCGGAUUAUACAUUAUCGCCCUCGCCAGAGUCUAGUACAACCGCGUUGGCCCACGGUCAAGAUUCUCCCUCUAUUCCAAGGAGAAGAUCCUACACAAAGAUGUUGCCUCUCGGACCAGCGCAUACAGGCUCAGGACACGAUGAGGCAUCUUUCUCCCCUAGCUCAUUCCCAUCCUCGAGCCCAAUCUUACCCCUUGCGCCACAUGAAUCGCUCGAUUCUACGGAGAUCGAUGUCAAGGGCGAGAUUAUCUCAGUAAUGGACGAUUCAGCGCCGGUUGGAAGCGGCAUACGCGAGUAUACGGCGGAGGCGUUUGCUUGGCUUGCCUGGCUUCUGGGAGCCAGGGAGGAUUCUAUGGCGAUAAUGUUCCCCUCGAGCAUCGCCGUUAGCCAUCAGGGCCUCCAGGGAGAAAAUAGGGUCGAGUUUGAGUUCCAAUGA